CGUCUCGUACUCUCGUGAGACCCUCCAUCCGGCCGGCUAUCCCCUCGAGGGCUCACGCCUCGCCUCCCUCCCCCCGCCGCCACGCCUCUGCCUCGCGCGCCGCCGUCACCGCCGCAGUCACACCUCCGCCUCGCCCACGCGCCACCACGCCUCGUCAACGGCCGGCCACGCCGCUGCCACGCCAGUCCCGGCCUCCUCCACGGCCGGUGGUGGCAAACCCUCAGCCGCAAACACUCGCUGCGCCGCGGUGACCUAGCGAUGGCCGGAGAGGACGCCACCGUGGCCGGUACUGCGGCGGUAAAGAGGCCCCGGAAGGAGGAGGAGGACGAGGAAGACGAUGACGAGUUGGACAAUGUUCCAAUCGCACUGUCUAGGGCCAAAAAGGCGGGCAAUGCGAGCGCCUCCAAAGUCCAGAAGGAGGAGGAGGACGACGACGAGGAAGACAACCUUCCGAUCUCGCAUUCCCGAGCUAAGAAGGGAAACGAGAAGCAGAAAGGCACCAUGAAUAGCAGCACAAAGGCCUCUAAAGUUAAGAAACAAGAAGUCGAGUCUGACGAUGAUGAUUUCAUGCCAACUUCGCAGAAGAAAAACAGUAAUGCCAAGGCAUCCAAGGUCAAGAAACUAAAAGAUGAAGAUUUGGAAGAUCUCAAGGAGGACAAGAAAAGAAAGAAAAGAGCGGGUGUCAAAGAAGGGGCAAGGAUGAUCGUUGUAAAGGGUGAGAAAGCGAAGAGAGAGAGGAAAGUGUAUGACUUGCCAGGGCAGAAGCAUGAUCCUCCUACGGAAAGGGAUCCAUUGAGGAUUUUCUAUGAAUCGCUCUAUGAGCAGGUGCCUACUAGUGACAUGGCUGCAACCUGGUUGAUGGAAUGGGGUUUGCUCCCAUUGGAUGUGGCUAGAAAAGUUUUUGAGAAGAAACAGGGCCAAAAGUUGAAGUCACCAGUUAAAACAACUGUUUCCAAGAGAAAGCCUACUUCUCCAACCAAGACACCGGCUUCAUCUGCUAUGAAGUCCGUUUCAGCUAAGAAAAGUGCUGGAAAACCGACAUCUCAAAAGAAGAGGAAGGCAAGUAGCGAGUCAGAUGAUGACGACGACGAUUUCGUGGCUCCUAAGGCAAAAACCAAAAGGCAAAAGGCCUAGUCUUAGAAUCUCAUUUUUAGCAAUGAGAAGUGUUUUUCAGACAAUAUGCUAGAUCAGGAUAACCUUGGGAAAUGAUGAGAGAAUUGUUGCUUCCACCUAGUAAUGCUAUCAGGCAUCCGGUGUGAAGUAUGUCGAUCCAGUCUCUAGAGUUACCAAUUGUUGUUGAACUCCAUGUCUUCUCAGAUCCAGAACAAAAGGGGCAUGUUGCAACCUGUUACUUUGGUACCAUUUGUCA